AUGGCGGCCUUCCGCCGGGCAGUGCCUCUCCUUGUGGCCUUCGUUGUGGUGGCGUUCUUCUCCUUGGGCCCUACCCCACAUCACUUUGGCUGUCUACAAACCCAAGCUCGUGCUUCAACCGGUCGGGCGGGCAAGGGCCCCGUCCGGAUUAUGAGGAAAACAGCCUCGUAUCCGAAACCGAAAACGCCGACGCAGCCUGUUCGCCGCAGCGUACCGCUGCAACCACUUCCCAAGCAGCAGCCUCCCGCUGUACAGACACAACCACCUGCUGUAUACCAGGGCCCCCGCUUCAGUGCCUCUGGGGCCCCUGCAGCACACCCAACCCAGCCUGCUCGCACUCCGCCUGUGCAGGCCCCUGCUGCUACAGCAACGGGACCUCAGCUGACAGCCCCGCCGGCGCAUGCCCAGGGCUCAACCCAGACUUCUCACCCUCCCACAGCAGCCCCAUGGGGGGCGCCUCAGCAACAAUCCUCUUCAUCCUCUUCAGCAUUUGCAGAUGCAAAGGGCCCACAGCAGCCUGCCACAAACACACCAGCAGCAGUAGGGCUGCCCGCCAAUGCAACAACUCAAAGGGGACCUAAUCAGUCAACAGCACCAACACCAUCAGCGGGAACUGGGGACCGUCAGCAGCAGGCUGCCACACCGAUGACAGCUGCAGCAGGGGCAACCCAGCAGCCGGCGAAUCUUACGCAUGCUGCUGUAGGGGACCCGCAGAAGCCUACUGCUGCCCAGCAACCUGUUGCUACUCAGCAGCAGACUGGGGCUGCGCAGCAGCCUCCAGCGGGUGCAUUUACUGCUCCCACCUCGUCGAAUCCCCCCUUCCACGCCCCUGCGAGUGGUUACCAUCAGCAACCGCUUGCUCCUGCUGCUUCUCCAUCUUACCCGUUUAGUGGCCAACAGCACGCAGGCUACGCUUAUGGCCAGCAGGCAGCCCAUCCACCCGUUGGGGGUCAGGGCUUCCCCCCACCUUCGGGUGUGCCUGCUACUUAUAUGCAUGCGCCGGGGCACACCCCGGCAGCGGCUUCCUCAGCCCCACCAGUAGCCCCUUCUGCAGCACAGGCAAGUACGGGCCCCUCUCUCACGCGCACAGCUAUCACUUCAGCUGUAGGUGCUGCAGUGGGGAGUAUGGUGGGCUCCGCAGUAACAAACUCCAUGAUGCGCCACUCAGCCGGCUCUAAGGAAGGGGCCCCAGCAACACCUGCCCCUGCUGCAGGUGCUAGCGACAGCAGCAGCAACAACAACAACAGCAGCAGCGACGCAAGCAGCAGCGGCAGUGACACGAGCAGUAGCGGCAGCGACGCAAGCAGCAGCGGCAGCGACGCAAGCAGCAGCGGCACACCCACGGCAUCUGCUGCAGCAAGUGGUGGUGCCACAGCUCAGGAGCAGCUGCUCGCACCGCAGGACAAGCAGGUGAGUCUUCCUCUUUUCUUUUUAGGAGUCGGAAACGACGAAUUAGAGAACAGCGUUAAAGGGCCCCAAGCCUUCGGCCAACAAGUGCAGGACGCCGUAGUGCAGGCGCUGGGGGUUCCUAGCACCCGCGUCAUGCUCGAGGAGGUGUCCGUGAAAAAAGGCCUCAUCAGCAGCACCGGCGUCGCCAACACCAGCGGAAGAGGCAACGAAAGCGGCAGCAGCGGCAGCGAUGGCACCAGCGGCAGCAAACAACUUUCAGAUGUUACUGUGCGUCUCAGCGUUCUCCCCGUCCCAACCGUGGGAUCUUUGGAGCCUACAGCCGGGGACUUGGCCGCAGAAGUGAAGCGACAGCUAGACCAGCCGGCUAGCUACCUUUCACGAUUGCUCCGUUCAGCGUUCUCUGAACUGCCUGCGCCAGUUACAGAAGAUUCAGAGGCAUUUCUGGAUGCUGCUGCAGGGGGGGGAAGGGUGAGGACUGCUGCAGCAGCAGCGAAGACGGCAGAGAAUGCUGCAGCACCAGCAGGCUCGCCUCAAGGUGCAGCAGCAGGCCUGCCCUGUUUGUUGUUGCUACUGGGGAGCACCGUUUUCCUGUGGAUAUAA